GCAGCUUUCCCCCGCGUCUCUCGGAGCCUCAGGGCCCGGCUUGGGCUUCCGCGGCCUCCUCGGCCCCUCAGCACCGUUCCUUCAGCCGAGAGGCCGGCGUGUGGGGUUGAGUGGCCUGACUGAGCUCAGGGCGCGGGAGAGCUCCGGGCGGCGAGGGCGACGGCGUUGGUGGUGGCUGUAACGACGGCCUCCUCAGCAGGCGGGGAAGAUGAAAGGUAGCCGGAUCGAGCUGGGAGAUGUGACACCACACAAUAUUAAACAGUUGAAGAGAUUGAACCAGGUCAUCUUUCCAGUCAGCUAUAAUGAUAAAUUCUACAAGGAUGUGCUCGAGGUUGGCGAGCUAGCGAAACUUGCAUAUUUCAAUGAUAUAGCUGUAGGCGCAGUGUGCUGCAGGGUGGAUCAUUCACAGAAUCAAAAGAGACUUUACAUCAUGACACUAGGAUGCCUUGCACCUUACCGAAGACUAGGAAUAGGAACUAAAAUGCUAAAUCAUGUCCUAAACAUCUGUGAGAAAGAUGGCACUUUUGACAACAUCUAUCUGCAUGUCCAGAUCAGCAAUGAGUCAGCGAUUGACUUCUACAGGAAGUUUGGCUUUGAGAUUAUUGAGACAAAGAAGAACUACUAUAAAAGGAUAGAGCCUGCAGAUGCGCAUGUGCUUCAGAAAAACCUCAAAGUCCCAUCUGGUCAGAAUGCAGAGACACAAAAGACAGACAACUGAACAAAUUACAAAUGAACUUUAUUGCACUUGCUUGUCGCCAAAUAAAAGAAAGACCCAUUUAUCCCUCCCCCCUUCAGCUUUCCUCCCUUGUUAUUCUUCCUUUUUUCCCCCCUCUUAAAGUUUUUAAUACUCUUAAGGACUCUUAAAAAUGAUCAUGUUUGGAUGGUUUCAGUUCUCUUUAUUUUUGUGAGGUGUUUGGAUUGAAGAAAGGAGAAGAUAGUUUCACAGUUGAAAUGUCCCCCAAAAUUGGGCGUCAGAUGAUUUCAAAUUUUUAGCUGAUUUUUUUUUUAACUUCCUGCUUUCACAUUGAAGGGCAGAGCCUACAAUAUUAUUUAUUUCAAAAGACAAAAAGAAGCAGCAGCAAUGUCUUGUUCUUUAUUCAUAGACAAGCUUAGUGUAUUUGUGGUACUUUGCGUUUUAAAGACUGUCUGUGGGAUACUAAUCCCUAACAUUGCCUUCACUCUGUCUUUUAGUCCUUUGAGCACUCUCAGGAGUUGGACCAUUGUUAUCCUUGUGAGAAAAUACCAAGCUUUUUUAGAUUUUUAAAGCAAAUUUUCCUCUCAAUUUGCUGAUUGGCAGGGCAGUUUGUGUAGGUAGUAUUAACUUCGGUCAAAGUAUUUUAGUUAAAC